UUUCCAGAAGUAGAGAGGAUGCCUCGCACCAGUCCUGUGGCCUUGCCUUUCCUGGCGUCUCCACAGCCCCUGGCCACAUACGAGCGUGGGCGUGACCUGUGUACCUUCGUGGCAACAGCAGCCUCUCACAUCCUGCGCACUCUGCAGAGACCACGCAAGAGCCGGCCCAGCAAGAGGAAGGUGAACCACCGGCGGUUUCUACAGAACCAGAUCUGCAGGAGCUUUGUGGACAUUGAGGCUGCGACCCGACGCUUGGCCACCUCCAUCCUUUCCCAGGAGGCUGUGGCGCCCCCUCAGACACCUCCGAAGCCUCACAUUCCACAGCCAAUCGUGGCCUCUCCUGGCUCCUUUCUGGGCAUAGCUGAAGCUUUUGUGGCUCCUGACCAAAUUCCCAGCUGGGACCCUGCUCUCCACUCCCUAGUGCCAGAUCCUGGCGAACUGUUUGAGCCCAUUGCUAAAGAGAUGGGGCCGUCAGCCGAUUGCUGCGCCUUGUUUAACCCAGACUCUUUAGGAUCCAGCUUGCUGGGACAUGACCUCCAGCUCCAUACACAGCCUUAUCUGAGUUCUGCAGCCUCUGGAACUUUCACGGACCCAAAUGCUUGCCUUCCAAUUGCAGCCCAAUGCCCUGUUCUCACCUCUGAACCAGGGGGUCUGGUCCUUUCCCCCUAUGACCCUUGCAUGCCCUUCUGGGACCUGGAAAAGUGGUGCCCACCAAGUGUGGAUUUCGCCCACUCAUCUGAAACUCCUGCACUGGAUCAGGGAGACAUGAGCACCUCCCAGCAUCUCCCAUCUUGA